AUGGCACCACACGACAGUACAGCAUACCCGAUAUCUUCGAAUUCUCGCAAUAAAUUAAAAACUUUUCGCUAUCAGGACGACGAGGUGGCUUCGGACACAACGACCUCGAAACAUGGGGACAAAAGGGCCCACCGGAAUAAGGAGAACCAAAGCUCAUGGCUAAACGGCGUGGUUGAACCGAUGCAGACAUCACCCGAUAAAGCAGAAAGAGCAGAAGCUUCAACUUCAGACGUGUCCGACAAAGAGCAGAAGCCCGUAAAGGAUUGCCCCCAAACACCUGGAAACCGAAUACCUCUAGCAGAUCUCAUCAGCAAUGCCGAAGACUCGUUUAACCCCGCGCCAGGUCCGGAAAUAACCCCUGUUGACCAUGUCAUUUGGCAACAUAUUCCAGCCAGCUCGAAUCCGGAUUCAUCAUCCCAAACCCCCGCGGGACGUCGGAGGAAACGACGCCAUAGCUCAUCUCCUCCUGGAUCUCCAUCAAAAGAUGGUUCGAAUACCGCAAAAGAACCCCUGGAUCUACAAUCCAUCCAAGCGCUUUUCAAGACCCCUCAACAUGAUCUGGCCACGGAGUUAUGGAACAAUUACAUGGACAAGAACAUGGUCGAGAACUCCGAAGACCUUCCGCCUCCUCGUCUCGGCAACCUUCUCUCCUCGUCACCCCAUACACCAGUCUCAGGACGAACGAGUCGUGAUUCCUCUGGAUUAAGGCGAUCCAUUAGCUGCGCUGCUGAAUGGCCAACCUCCAAUGCGAAAAGGAGACGAGUCAACAGACCAGGCCAGGGGAUGUUUUCACGCGCAAAUAGCAAUGUGCUUGACUCUGGGAAGAAUAAAUCAUCAAGAAUCAACUUUCUUCUUGAGAAAAUCGAAAGGAGUCUUCAGCCAGCUCAGCCAGCAAACUCGACGGGACCGCCAAAUUCUUCGCCUUUACGCCAACGCGUGGACGCUGAACGGUGUCGCUCAUCCUCUCCGAUUGCGGACAGGAAGGGUUUAGGGAAUUCGACGGAAGCCCAAGAAGCCCCUGCGGGGAGGAAUAAGAUUCGUGCUCUUCCGGCGCCAAUUAUUGAAGAAUCUUCAUCCGACUUUGGGGAUGAUGAUCUCGACCAGGACUUUAUGGACCUGGCAGCCGUCUCGGAAGAUCCAUUUGUUACGGCUCCGGCUAGCCGUACAAGUCAUAAUGAGUUUGGAUGUCUAGGGUCUUCUGGGUGGUCAAAUGUCAUACAAGAAAAGCCACAUUCUAGCCAUCCCAAACAACCACCUACUGCCGAUACUAAGCCGCCAAUUGUGCAUACAAUCACGAAUAACGAAACCAAACCUGACGACUCAGAGGAUUUUGACGACGACUUCGGUGACUUUGACGAUGAUAUCCUUGCGGCAUGUGAUGCAAAGUCGAAUGAAAUUGAUUAUACCAAACCAGCCACCGAGAAUAAACAGGCUGUGAAAGGGCUGGACCCGUCCCCUGUUGCCCCGAUGGCGGGAAUUCGCAGCGGAAAGACGGAAGGUUCGACAGGGGAAUUCUCUGACGACGAUUUUGAUGAUGAUUUUGAUUUUGAUGCCAUCGAACAGACCAUGAAUCAGACAGUUUUGGACACCGCUGAAGGCACCUAUUUUAAUGCAAAAGGACGUAAGCAGCCUGAACAGGUUCUGUCCGUUGAGGAUCAAAGAACCAGUGUCCGCAAGGUCAUUGUUUUGCGUGAGACCUGGUUUGAUACGCCAUGCAGUAAAGAUUCGUCCAUUCAUUUGGUUGGAGAUUUUGACCCGUCCGGGCUCUGUGUCGUGGAUAAUGCAAGUCAUAUGAUCAUCCUCCACCCUGAUCAUCUGAUAUCCGCUACAGUCGUGGCGGACUCAAUUGACUGUCAACGACGAGCUGUCUUACAAGAUCGUAUCAAAGCAUUCUCCCAGCUUGAGCGACCACAGGUCUUCGGAACCAUAUUCCAUGAGGUCUUCCAAGAGGCUUUGAAAGCAAAUCUCUGGGAUACUAAAUCACUCAGAUCUUUAGUGGACACCGUUCUCAAAAGGCAUAUAGAAGAUCUGUACGCUAUCCAGAUGACCGUGCCAGAAGCCACCGAGAAUGUGAUGAGCAAAAUCCCUACAGUGCAAGCCUGGGCAGACGUGUUUCUGCAUGCUAAGCCACAGUCCAACUCCAUGGUCGAGGAUCGUGGCAACACAAAACUCAACUUGAGCAUUAGUAAACUGCUCGAGGUAGAGGAACACGUCUGGUCCCCCAUGUAUGGGUUGAAAGGUAAUAUUGAUGCCACUGUCCAAGCCGUCUGCCGCGACGAGGACGGAGAAAAGAACGUUUUAGUUCCACUUGAACUCAAAACAGGAAAACGGGACACCAAUCAAGGACACAGAGCACAGACGGCUCUAUACACUCUGCUGCUCUCUGAUCGUUACGAUAUUGAUGUGAAAUUUGGCUUACUAUACUAUCUUGAGCUCAACAAGACGUUUAGUAUCCGCGGUAUCCGACAUGAGAUUCUUCAGAUGGUUCAAGUACGGAAUCGUUUGGCGGUCUUUAUCCGAGAGAAAUUACAGCUUCCUCCGAUGCUCAAAAGAGCCCGCAUGUGUAAUAGAUGCUACGCCAAAACUCCUUGUCUAAUUUAUCACAAAUUGUUAGAGGGUGGCGAUGGCGAGACUAGCGCCCUGGGAGACGAUUUCGAUGCAGCCACAGGUCAUUUGACCCAAAAGGAUCGUGACUUUUUUACCAAAUGGGAUGAACUGCUUAACAAAGAAGAAGGCAAUCUGUCAAAAUUCCGACGAGAGCUUUGGACGCUUCUCAGUAGUGAACGCGAGUCUCUCGGCCGUUGCUUUGGCGAUGUUGUUAUCGACCCUCACUCCGCUUUUGAAGACACUAACGGGUCGCGGAUUAACCGGUUUCGAUAUACUUUUACUAAAAAGCAAGCUCCGCCUAGCUUCACAUUUGCCGAAUCUCAAAUUACCGUGGGUGAGCCGAUUGUCGUUUCCGACGAAAAGGGACAUUUCGCUCUAGCCAAUGGCUAUGUGCUUAGUGUGAGCAGGUCAAAUAUCACUGUUGGCGUGGAUCGGAGAUUGCUCAACACUAGAGCGCGUACUGCGGGAUUCCACCCUGUGAACAAUCAGUCAUUCACAGGCAUUAUGGAGGUUGAAAAAGAUGGAGACACGGCCCUUGCCGACCCGCUUGACGAACGAGUCAUUUACCGCAUUGACAAAGAUGAGUUCAGUAAUGGUAUGGCCAAUAUUCGAAACAAUCUCGUCUGUACUAUGGACAAAGACCUAGCCCAAGCAAGACAUCUCCGGCGACUCAUCAUUGAGGGUGAACCGCCUGUGUUCAAACCUUCGGCUUCUGCAUAUACUAUCGCCGACUCGGACAGCCUCAAUGUCGACCAAAAGCACGCUAUCGAGAAAGUCAUGACAGCCCAGGACUACGCCCUUAUCUUGGGAAUGCCUGGCACUGGUAAAACGACAACUAUUGCACACCUCAUCAGGGCACUUGUCAAACAAGGCAAGAGUGUUCUACUAACAUCUUACACCCACACGGCGGUAGACAAUAUCUUACUCAAAAUUCGUGACGAUGAUAUCCGUAUUCUUCGUCUUGGUGCGGCCACUAAGGUUCAUCCAGAAGUCCAAGAAUUUGCCGAUUUGGCAGCAAACCCCAAAGCCACCAUUGAAGAACUGAAAGACUCCUACGAAAAACCCCAAGUCGUGGCAUCAACAUGUCUAGGUGUGAAUCAUCAAAUCUUCAACCAGCGAAUGUUUGAUUAUUGUAUUGUUGACGAGGCAUCGCAAAUCACGCUUCCUGUCUGCUUAGGACCGAUCCGCAUGGCGAGGUCUUUCGUCCUUGUCGGAGACCAUUUCCAACUCCCACCUUUGGUUCAAAGCAAAGCUGCACAGGAAGGCGGGCUUGAUGUUAGCCUUUUCAAGUUGCUUUCGGACACUCAUCCCGAUUCUGUCGUCAAUCUAGAACACCAGUACCGCAUGUGUGAAGAUGUUAUGCUCCUCUCCAACACUCUCAUCUACUCCGGCCGCCUCAAAUGCGGCACACCGGAAGUAGCAGCCCGUGAGCUGGUUGUUCCUGACAUCUCUGCGCUGAAGCAAUUCCACUCCGAUAUCGUUGAUGUCUUUCAAUCAAAUCAUCAGAAGGAAAUGUGUCAAGGGCCAGGCCACAGUCACUGCUGGCUGAAUGACUUGCUGGCACCAUCUGCAAAGGCAUUGUUAGUAAACACUGAUCCCUUAGGCCCAGCAGCUCUCGAAACCGUCCAAGGGCAACGGGUUGUCAACUCCAUGGAGACAAUACUGUGCUCUCAGCUCGUUGAAUCACUUAUCGCUUGUGGUAUUCAAGCCCGCAACAUUGGCGUCAUUACUUUUUACCGCAGCCAGCUCGCUCUGCUCCGUCACAGCCUUUGUCGUUAUGCCCCAGACCUCGAGAUGCACACCACCGACAAAUUCCAAGGUCGCGAUAAAGAGAUUGUUAUCCUUAGCUGUGUCCGCAGCAACUCUGACAACCACGUCGGUGAGCUCAUGCGCGACUGGCGCCGUGUCAACGUUGCGUUCACUCGAGCUCGUACGAAGCUCCUCGUUGUCGGCAGCAGGUCGACUAUGCGCAAUGGCAAUGAACUCCUUCGCAAAUAUGUUAAUCUCGUGGAAAGCAGGGACUGGGUUUACAACUUGCCACCAAACGCAGCGGACAGCCACGUUUUCCAGUCCUCCACACUUGAUACAUCCCGGCUGCCGCUUCCCUCCCCUAGUGCAUCGAAGCGUUCUGGUUCGACGAAGAAGAAGGAAAGUCCCACCAUUAAAAACGAAGGUCGGACUCGGGAUCCACUCAGUCCCCUUGGUCAUCGACAACCUACCUCUGGGCUUCGAGAGCCCGCAAAACGAGGUGCAAAGGUGUUAAAUGGCCAUACAGUCCUGGGCAACAGACCCAUUCUCCAGGAUAUUGUGAAUGACAUUGUCGGCUGA